AACCGGACGAGAAGGGGCGCAGUGCGUUGUGGCAGCCCCGAGGCUUGGCUCUGACCGCGGACGGCUCUUUGUUAGUGGCAGACUAUUCGGCGCAUUGCGUCUUCCGCUUCGAGGCUUCUGGCGAUCUAAAGGGGACGGUCGCGGCGGGCGAGGAGGGCAAAAUGUUGCCUACGGUCGAUCCGCUGAAGGACAUCGACAGGCCAACCCGUGCCCCCGAGGGCGAUGGCUACUUGCUGAAGCGACCGGUCGACGUGUGCGCCAACGGCGAGGGGGGCGUCUUCGUGCUCGAUGCGGAGAGCUGCUUGGUUCAGCGCUUUGGCGCGACCGGCGGCGCUGCCGAUGUCGUGGUGCCGCCUCCUGGGGCGCCUCCGCAGAAGUCGCUGCAUACUCCGGAGGCGGUGAAGAACCCGAGAGCGCUGACGCUCGCUCCAGACGGCGGGCUGGUCGUGACCGACACCUGGAGCCACAGGGUGCUGCACUUCGCCCCCCUGGGCGGCGCGGACGCCCACAGCGGGCCGAGGGUGCUGGCGGGCCUCGCGAACUCGUGCGGGCCCCAGGCGGACCAGCUCAGCUUCCCGAGCUGCGCGGCCUUCGACCCGGAGGGCGGCCUGCUGGUGGCCGACACCAACAACCACCGGGUGCAGCGCUUCGCCCCGGGCGAGACGAUCGGCGUGACGGUGGCCGGGUCGGCGGAGUGCCGCCGGGGCGCGGGCCCCGCCGAGCUGGACAUGCCCACGGGCAUCUGCGUGGACCCGCGGGAUGGUUCGCUGCUGGUGGCGGACCGGUGCAACGCGCGGCUGCUGCGCUUCCCGCGCGGCUCCCGCGCGGGGGACCGCGGCGAAGUCGUAGCCGGCCCUGGCGCGCUCUCGCGGCCCUGGGGCGUCUGCGCGGGCCCAGGCGGCGAGGUGUUCGUGUCCGACGAGCGCCGGGCCGUGGUGCUCCGCCUGGAGCUCGAGCCCCUCGGCCGCCAGGCGCCGCCUGCGGCCGCGCAGCCUGCGGUCGCGCAGCCUGCGGCCGCGCAGCCCGCGGCCGCGGUGCCGCGGCCACCAGCCGCGGUCUUCGCGCCGCCGCCGCGCGCCGCUCCGUGCGCCAUGGGGGGCCUGGACUGA